CGCGAGAUUUUUUAUUUUAAUAUCACGCUCGAAUAUACAAUUCGGAAUGUGCAGAUGUUUUUUUUGAAGGCAAUUUAGAAAAAUAGACAAAAAUCGAACAAACAUAUAUAGAAAUAGAGAUCUAAAUAAAAACAUUUAUUUUAUUUCCUCUUGGAAACAAGGAAAAAAUGAAUUGGGGUGGGUGACGUGGCAGUCAUACCCUUGCCACACCCUUCCUAUACGCAUAUAAACAGCAGCUGCGAGGAGAGAGAGAUUUCAGAGUAUUUUCUAGGGUUUCGUUUUUUUUAAAGAUUUAGAGAAAAAAGUGAGUUAUUAAGAGAUUCCAAUCAAAAUGAGCGGAGACAACGGCGGUGGUGAGAGGCGCAAAGGCUCCGUCAAGUGGUUUGAUACCCAGAAGGGUUUCGGCUUCAUCACUCCUGACGACGGUGGCGACGAUCUCUUCGUUCACCAGUCCUCCAUCAGAUCUGAGGGUUUCCGUAGCCUCGCUGCCGAAGAAGCCGUAGAGUUCGAGGUUGAGAUCGACAACAACAACCGUCCCAAGGCCAUCGAUGUUUCUGGACCCGACGGCGCUCCCGUCCAAGGAAACAGCGGUGGUGGUUCAUCUGGCGGACGCGGCGGUUUCGGUGGAGGAAGAGGAGGUGGACGCGGAUCUGGAGGUGGAUACGGCGGUGGCGGUGGUGGAUACGGAGGAAGAGGAGGUGGUGGUCGAGGAGGCAGCGACUGCUACAAGUGUGGUGAGCCCGGUCACAUGGCGAGAGACUGUUCUGAAGGCGGUGGAGGUUACGGAGGAGGCGGCGGUGGCUACGGAGGUGGAGGCGGAUACGGCGGAGGAGGUGGUGGUUACGGAGGUGGUGGCCGUGGAGGUGGUGGCGGCGGGGGAAGCUGCUACAGCUGUGGCGAGUCGGGACAUUUCGCCAGGGAUUGCACCAGCGGUGGACGUUAAAACCAACGCCGGUUACGCGGUGGAGAAGAGUGAGUUGGUUAUCUCACAAGUGAUCGGUUCUUUCUCCCGCCGCCUUCUAUCUCUCUAUUAUCCACUUUUUGCUUAUUAUGAUGGAUCUCUAUCUUUGUUAGUUGGUUUUUUCUUGAUGGUUUCGGAUUAGGACUCUUCUUUUGGUUUUGCUACUUAUGGUUGGUUUUAUUUAUGGUACUUGUGAUAUGGGUGAAAUGCUCUACUUGUUGCUCUGUUUCAAGUGUUCAUAAUAUGCGAACAAAUAUUCUGGGUUUUGUUUCAGUCAUCUGAAUGAAUCGUAAGAUCUGGAUACUUAAAUCUUGAGAGAUCAUCGUUUUAUGGUUGAAUUAUUUAUGGAUUAUGUAACGAUUCCCAUAGAUACAAAAUCUAUCUGCUCAUGUUUUGCAUUUAAUGGCAUUUAAGUUCCAUGGACUGGAAGGAAUUGAAUACUAAUUGCAGUCUCCAUCAUUCUCAUUAUUAGACUUUUUAUCUUCGAUGUCGUUUGUAUUUUCAAUCUUUUGUAUAUCUUCAGAAAAUGUAAUCUUCUCAACUUCUUUCCACCGUUUCAUCAUGAUCACACUGGCAUUUUACUGUAGCUCACACGAUUCGGAUUGGAUUAAGUAAAUAAAAGCAGAUAUGGGAAGAUUUUAGAUCUGUUGUUGUUGUUGUUACCUUGGAAAUCGGAGUGCUCUCUAUAAAUUAUCAACUUUUAUCAUGUUUGAACUUUCAUGGUCCACAACCAAAAUACCACGUGCGCAUCGCUAAAUGGAUAACCGUAAAAC